AUGCCUCCACGAAGAGCAAUUAGAGGUCGUCUAGCUAGGAGGAUUGUUGAGGAACAAGAGUUUCCAAAUGCGCCUGAAGUGCAACCUCAAGAAGAAGUAAUCCAUGCUGAAUUCUUUGAGACUAUUCGGUAUGUCAAGCAGCGACUCAUCAAGUUGGACAAAGAGAAAAGGAAUAGGGUCGAUGAUGCGCUAAUAGUGAGUUGGGCUGUGUUUGAGAAUGCUUUCAUGGAAAGUUUCAUUCCCCAUGAGUUACGAGAGGCAAAGAUUAGAGAAUUUCUAACACUUAAUCCAGAGACUAUGAGUGUUCAUGAGUACAGUCUGAAGUUUACACAACUUUACCGCUAUUUCCCAGAGAUGGUUGUUGAGAUAAGGAGCAAGAUUAGUUUAUUUGUUGCUGGAUUGUCUCGUUACCCAAUCAAGGAAGGCAAGGCAGCAAUGUUGAUAGGGGAUAUGGACAUAACAAGGCUAUGA